GUAGACAGUAGCGUCAAUAUGUUGCGUUUCCUAGCAACCGGGUAAACGACCAGACAGCACGGGCGCUUGUGGAGGGUGUAGAAACCAACUGGAAGGGUAAUGGAAAACGACAAAGCACACAUGGAGCAGGAGAUGCCCCAUCCUAACAUUUAUGUCGAAAGGACUUUGGCUUUGAUUAAGCCAGAUGCUGUUCACAAAGAAGAAGAAAUUGAAGACAUUAUAUUACAAGCAGGAUUUACCAUUGUACAGAAAAGAAAGGUACACCUGAGCCCAGAACAAUGCAGUGACUUCUACGCAGAACAGUAUGGCAAACUGUUCUUCCCAAGCUUAACUGCUUUCAUGAGUUCUGGUCCGACCAUUGCCAUGAUCCUUGCCAGAGACAAAGCCAUUGCCCACUGGAAAGCACUGAUUGGCCCUCCAAACAGUGCAAAAGCAAAAGAAACACACCCAGACAGUUUACGGGCAAUCUAUGGGACAAGUGAUCUAAGGAAUGCCGUGCAUGGCAGUGACUGCUUUUCUUCAGCAGAGCGGGAUAUAAAGUUUAUGUUCCCUGAUGCUAUUAUUGAACCUAUCCCAGUAGGACAAUCUGCGAAAGAUUACCUUGGAAGAUUUGUAAAUCCUACUCUCUUAGCUGGACUGACAGAACUCUGUAAAAAGAAGCCCUCAGACCCCUUUACCUGGCUAGCUGAUUGGCUGAUUGAUCAUAAUCCAAAUAAGCCAACAGUGGAAGACAGAAUGGUGAUUGAAGAAGCAGAUUAAAACAAGAGCAGAUGACCUGCUAUUUCAUAGAACCAUCAGUUAAUAAAAAGUUAUUGUCGUCA